UUUUUAUUAGCAGUUCAAUCUAAGCCACUGGACUUUGCAGUGAAAUAUGUCAAGAAUGGGCUUGUGUUUUCUCAGUCCCUCUGGGGAAGAAUAAAGUUCAAGACAAAAGGAAGGAGGAACAUAAUAAAAUGUCACCCGAAGUGGCCUUGAACAGAAUUUCUCCAGCACUUUCACCCUUCAUUUCCAGUGUGGUCAGGAAUGGAAAAGUAGGACUAGAUGCUACUAAUUGCUUACGGAUUACAGACUUGAAGUCUGGCUGUACAUCCUUGACCCCUGGACCCAGCUGUGAUCGUUUUAAACUACAUAUCCCUUAUGCAGGAGAAACACUCAAAUGGGAUAUAAUUUUUAAUGCUCACUAUCCUGACCUACCACCAGAUUUUAUCUUUGGAGAGGAUGCUGAGUUUUUGCCAGAUCCUUCUGCCUUGCAUAAUUUAGCUUCCUGGAAUCCUUCAAACCCUGAAUGCCUCCUGCUUGUUGUGAAAGAGCUUGUGCAGCAGUAUCACCAAUUUCAGUGCAGCCGAUUACGGGAGAGCUCUCGCCUCAUGUUUGAGUAUCAGACUUUACUUGAAGAGCCCCAGUAUGGAGAAAACAUGGAAAUCUAUGCUGGCAAAAAAAACAACUGGACUGGAGAAUUCUCGGCUCGCUUCCUCUUGAAGUUGCCUGUUGAUUUCAGCAAUAUUCCUACAUACCUUCUCAAGGAUGUGAACGAAGACCCUGGAGAAGAUGUUGCACUUCUAUCCGUUAGUUUUGAGGAUGCAGAAGCUACUCAGGUUUUUCCUAAGCUGUACCUCUCCCCUCGUAUUGAACAUGCGCUUGGAGGAUCAUCUGCCCUUCACAUCCCAGCCUUUCCUGGUGGAGGUUGUCUCAUCGACUACGUACCCCAAGUAUGCCAGCUCCUAACUAACAAGGUACAAUAUGUUAUUCAGGGAUACCAUAAGCGAAGAGAGUACAUUGCAGCUUUCCUGAGUCAUUUCGGAACUGGUGUGGUGGAAUAUGAUGCAGAAGGAUUCACAAAGCUUACUCUGUUGCUGAUGUGGAAAGAUUUUUGCUUCCUUGUUCACAUUGACCUACCCCUCUACUUUCCUCGAGACCAACCGACCCUAACAUUUCAGUCUGUCUACCACUUCACUAACAGUGGCCAGCUGUACUCCCAGGCCCAGAAGAAUUACCCCUACAGCCCCCGAUGGGAUGGCAAUGAAAUGGCCAAGAGAGCAAAGACAUAUUUCAAGACAUUUGUCCCUCAGUUCCAGGAGGCAGCAUUUGCUAAUGGGAAGCUUUAGACAGCUUUGGACAUGGAAACUAUACUGCACAGAUCCUUCAGACUGCACAUGUCAGCCAAGAAGAAUGAUGCCUGGAAAUGGGUUGGACUGUCUUGAUAGGUGUUUUCUUGCCUCUGAACUGGUUCUGAUAGCUUCAGUUUUUUAAACAAAAACCUCACUAGCAUGAUUAGAACUGAAUAUUUGCUAUUAGUCCUGCCCCUUUGCCUCUGCCUCCACCAUUCCUUUAUAUAUCUAUUGGAUUAAAUUUUAAAGGGCGUGUAUUGAUAUGAUAACACUUUCUUGUGCCAACAAUGUCCUGUAUGUUAUGCCUUGUUUCCUUUUCUUCAGAUGGUCUAAAUUGGAUUGUUCUUCCCUAUGGAAAUAUGAUGCAAUGUGUACAUUUAGUUAACAUUUUCAGCUUAUCCUAAGAAGGCAUAGAACUGCUGUAUGUACCAGGAAUGCCUAAUGGACUGUCCAGUGCCAUAUUCUGCCUUGAAGGUUUGGUGUCUCGGUGUGGGUGUUACUUUCACAGAUAUGGAUAUGAAUUGCACACUUCAAUUCUCAGUGCCUUGCCAGUUGGUCUGAAGUUAAUAUGGCAAAGUGUUUGAAGUUUGGGGUUUUUUAAUACUUCUGUUGAAAGCUCAUCUUAUGUGAAAGGUUAGGCUUUUACACUUUGUUUUUUUUUUCCACUUGUAUAAUUUUGAUGUUUUCCUAAGGAGUGCCCCUUGCCAUUACAAAAAAGUUCUACUUCUUCAGUACCAACAUGCAAGUAACUAGUUAUUUAAACCAGUAUAACAAAAUAAAGCUCUUUCAUAGACCUGUAAUUUUUCCAAAUAAGAUAAAUACUGCUAAGAAGCAAACUUUCAACAAAAGAAUGAAUUAUGUCUUGGAAAAUAGCUGAUGAAAUAAUAUAGGGCUGAUGAAAUAAUAUAGGUAUUUAGCUUAAUGCUUAAGUUCAGCAUAUCUUCUCAGAAAAUAUUUUUAAGUGUAUAUAACUGGAAACAUUACCUCCCCUAUUUGUGAAAUGCCAAAUGCAAAAUCCUGCCUAUUCAUCCUUUCUUUCCUGCUUGUGUCAGGCACACCAGUUGGGACUAAUGGUCACGAUGUCACUUCCCCAAUUAAUUUGUGAAUACACCAAGGUACUUUCCAGUAAGGAAUAAAAUUAACAGAGUAUGUUGGCUUAUAAAUGGUAUCUGGAAAAUGUGCCCUACUUCUGCUAAAUACAAGGAACUAAAUAAAUCUUAUACAGAUGAUACAGUGGAACUGGAAAACAUUUUCUUUUAAAUUAUACACUAUAGCAUCACAAGCAAGUCUCGUCAAGCUACUUGAUUGGCAGUAUUCUCCUACCCUUUCUACAACUUGUUAUUUCACAUGAAAAGUAGUGCUUUUCAGGGUUUAUAUUCACCUAGGAAAUACAGAUGGGGUUUGUGUAGUGAAGCUUAAUAAUUAAGAAUUAUGCAAAUGAUUCACCUCUAGAAACUCCAAGUAUUUUUAGCUAGUUUGUGGGCAAAAUUUAAUUUAUGUUUAACACUGAAGUUCUUGGCUGCAAAUUAAGAGGCAAACAAAAUCUUUAUUGUAAGAAUAAAUAUAAGAAUAAGAAGUUUUAUUGUAAGUCUGCAGAGAAGGCAUAUUCUGUCCUGUGACCCACUCCUUUGUGAGUCUCAGUAUGUUAUCUGAGACUGUCACCAGUUUCAAAGGUCUCAGCCUGAAUUCCCUCUGUGGAGACAUUGCAUGAGGCUUUUGCAUGCUUAGAGCAGAUCUGGAAGGUAAUGGUUUUAUGGGAAUAGCAAAAUCAUAACUGAACAACCUCAUGUGACUAAGAACAAAAUAGUGUUUCAUAUACUGGGAUGAUCUCACAUCUACAUUUCUUCAGGUAAAAGCCAAAGCCACAGACACAUAUUCAAGAAUAAGCCAACCAUGUGAAUGGGGUGGGAGAAGAAGAUGGCUAAUGAAAAGCAUUUGUUCUCAUAGUGUUCAAAAUCUGCUAGAAACAAUCUCUAGACAUCUUCAAAAUGUAUAAACCAAACCCUUAGGUUGCAUCAGUACAUUUCUGGAAUCUUGCAUUUUAUAACUUUGUCUUUGAUUCAGUGUUGUACUGAUUGCCCCAUGAACACAGUGUGUGCUUUAUAUACCUGAUUGCCCAAGUGGCAUCAGUUAUUUAUUUUUUUAUCUUUGUGGAAAUUACCAUACUUCAAAGGCUAGCAAUUGCUAAAUAGUUUGAAAAGAGGUCCACUUUUCAGAAUUUAGAUUUAUUCUCAGCCAAAAAUGCAUCCUUCACCUCAAUCCUAGUCAUUUUGGACAAUGCACUGCUUUAUUAUUAAAGAGUUUUAUAAGCCAUGUAAGAAAAUAUUUUGAGAGUACAAGAAGCCUAACCCAGCAAUUCAUUGUGUUGAAUUCUACAGUUUCACCAACUUUUCACAACAUACAUAGAAACAAAUCAAUAGUUUCAGUCUAAUUUUAAUGUCAUGCUGCAAUUGCUAGUAUUUUGGGAAAAAAAAAGGUAGAAAAGAUGAAAAACUGUACUGUUUGUAUUUAAGGUAAGCCUAUAAAAUUUCAGAAUAGAAGAAAAGGCAUUUUGUUACACUAAAUGAACGUUUUCUUUAUUUCAAGCUCACCCUUCACUCUUUGACCUGGUAUUUUAUGGAUCCCUUUCUAAUAGUUCUCAGAAGUAUUGGGAGUGUUAGCUCUCCAAAUGGGGUAUUGAGAGACACUGAAAUGAAUGGAAGCUUCUCUCCAGGAAAAUUGCCAUAUAAAUACUAUACCAGAAGAGAGGGUUCAUUUGAAUAAUUUUAUAUCAAACCAAGUAUCCACUGAAGUAGCCAUGAAAGUUGGGAUCUGAUGAAUUGGAGUUAUUUCUGUUAUCUCCUGUUUUAUUAUAAUUUCCAUUAUGGCCAGUUUAAUGGCACUGAGACUCUCAGCUCUUCCUUCCCUAUUAUCUGAUAUAUGCAGUUGAAGGGAGCAGUCAGACCUAGGCUAUUUUCCUUGGCUUUUCAGAGCCACAAAACGUAGGAGAAAAACAGAAAUAUUGCGUAUUUAUUGAAAAGCCUAAACUCUACACUGUCCUGGUUUUGACUGACAGAAUGCAGUAAGUCUUGAGUUACUAAACUCUACUAAUGCACAGUUUUCCAAAGGUCCUUAAAUCACAAACUUAGAGUCAAGCCUUCAUUCAUCUGCAUACCUAAUCUACUGUCCUAGAAGUAAUACCAAACCUUAUGGAUUCAAAGUCAGACUUUUUGUGAACUUGCUGGAAAGACUGGACAAACAGCUGGAGGAAUAAAUAAAAGGUAAUUAUACCAUA